AUGGAGGCCAUCUGGCUAUACCAGUUCCGGCUCAUUGUCAUCGGGGAUUCCACGGUGGGCAAAUCCUGUCUGAUCCGCCGCUUCACCGAGGGCCGCUUUGCCCAGGUUUCGGACCCCACCGUGGGGGUGGAUUUUUUCUCCCGUCUGGUGGAGAUCGAGCCAGGAAAACGCAUCAAGCUCCAGAUCUGGGAUACCGCGGGUCAAGAGAGGUUCAGAUCCAUCACUCGCGCCUACUACAGGAACUCAGUAGGUGGCCUUCUCUUAUUUGACAUUACCAACCGCAGGUCCUUCCAGAAUGUCCAUGAGUGGUUAGAAGAGACCAAAGUACACGUUCAGCCCUACCAAAUUGUAUUUGUUCUGGUGGGUCACAAGUGUGACCUGGAUACACAGAGGCAAGUGACUCGCCACGAGGCAGAGAAACUGGCUGCUGCGUACGGCAUGAAGUACAUUGAAACGUCAGCCCGAGAUGCCAUUAACGUGGAGAAAGCCUUCACAGACCUGACAAGAGACAUCUAUGAGCUGGUUAAAAGGGGGGAUAUUACCAUCCAGGAGGGAUGGGAAGGGGUGAAGAGUGGAUUUGUGCCAAAUGUGGUUCACUCUUCAGAAGAGGUUGUCAAGUCAGAGAGGAGAUGUUUGUGCUAGUCAGCCCUUUUAUUUCCAAAACGGCUCUCCCACCUGAACUUAAAAGUAAUGAAAAUGAAGAGAAUCCUUGCGUGACUGAAGAGAACUCAGCCUCCAUUUUACAUACAAGGGAGCCUCCUUCUCCAGGGGUCUUGGACAGGCCGUGGAGUAGAUGUGGGAGCCUGGGUGCUGGGAGUGCGGGACUCAUUUCGGCGACUGUUUGUGGCCUGUUGUGAGUGGACCACAUGUCAAGGGGCUGAGGUUUGGGGAGCUGGGCCCAGAAAAAUACAACCACAGACAGGACAGCUAUUUCUUGGUAUUUCAGCUCAUUCAUAGGUCACAAACAUAAAUCUGUAAAGGGGAAAAAAGGAUCACAUUGGAAACAAUAAGCCAAACUAAAAAAGACUACGAGAUCAACUUAAUCAGUGAGAAUAUCCUACACCAAGCGUGUGUGCUGGGUUGGGUGCGAGGGUACAAUUAGCUUCCAAACAGCUUGUCUGUAAAAUGAGGGGCACGGACCAGCUAUUUACUAAGACCGUUUCGAGGCCUGUUGUUCUAGUAAAAAUGCCGUGUGUGUGAAGAGGGAAGCCAUUAUAUGUAUUGCUUUUACCACAUUCCAGAAAAUGUACACCCUUACGAUGGAAUAACCAAUUGUGUGAAAGAAAUUGUGCCGUGCAAAUUACCAUAUAAGUAGAAGAAAGGAACCCUGUAACCCAUGCCAUGCCCUCUUCCCUCAGCCCCCCAGCCCAGAUCAUGCCCGGGGUUUCUCUGCAGGGGCAGCUGCUGCCUCAAAAGUGCACAACCUGCCUGUCCCUUCAGGUUCCUGGCGACAACAGUACAGGGACUGCCUCUGCAAAGAGCCCCGAGGCAGACAUUUGCUCAGCAAGAGGCACCACCGGCACCCUCACAAACACUUCACCGUCACUUGAAUUCACAGCAGGCCUCUGAGAUUUUCUUCCCCAUUUUACAAAAGAGUAAAACUAAGAAGCAGGAGCCUCUCUCUGCCAGGGUGAAGGUCUCCUGACUCCUAGUUCUUGUUCCUGCUGUCGGGUGAAUGAACCGUUAUUAAUUUGUUUACUUUGGAAGAGCUAUGACUGUAAAUAAAUGUUCUCGACAUGUUAGGGUGUUUCCUUAUUGCUUACGACUCAGCUGUCAUCCUGAGGGAACCUGGCGAUGAAACGAAGGUAAAGCCAUUUCAGGUAUUACUGACAAGUAGGCUUUAAAUGAGUGAGUAAUUGCACAACUAAAAACACAUUAAAACUGUGUGCGCUACAAGCGUUCUUAUCACUGAAACACAGUGGACAUGUUAGCGAAAAGAACCAAAUGCAGCAAUGGGGAGUGGGAUGGGGGGUAAACACUCAGCUCACAAUGACCUUGGCUACCUGUUUGCCACAUACUACACGGGGUUCUUGUCUACCCUAGAGAGUCAGCUCCUAAUUCUCAGGUGAGCAGACGUCUAACUGCAUCAGAAAACUG